AUGACCUCCUGGCUUCCAGAACCAACAAAGGCAAAAUACCAGCCUCCACAACCCAACAACUCAAUUUUAGAAGAUCUAAUGAAGGCAUUCAUAAAUAAAUCAGAUGAAAAAUUUGAGACUCAAGGGACCACUAUUAGGGAGCAAGGCACAACCAUCCGAAAUCUAGAAAGACAAAUGGGGCAGCUCGUAUCAUUGUUAUCAGAAAGGGCUCCGGGAACUUUUCCAGCAGACACUAAGAAGAAUCCAAAAGAGACGAUCAAGGCUGUGUCUCUCAGGAGUGGGAAAACAUUAGAAGAGCCCAUUGCAAAACCAAGGCAAGAGAAACUAGAUAAAUGCUUUGGGAAAUUCUUGGAGAUGCUGAAACAGUUGUAUGUGAACAUCCCGUUCACCGAGGUGCUCACCCAGAUGCCAGCCUAUGCAAAAUUCUUGAAAGAAAUCCUUUCAAGUAGAAGGAAGCUUGAGGAAACGAAAGUGGUCAAACUCAAUGCCCACUGCAGUGCUAUUCUACAAAAUAAAAUUCCUCAAAAGUGUGGGGAUCCUGGCAGUUUCCCUAUACCCUACUCAUUGGGGAGCAAAAAUUUUGACAAGGCCUUGUGCGAUUCAGGUGCAUCUAUUAACUUGAUGCCAUUAUCGGUGUUCAAGAAAUUGGAAGGAGAACUAGGAGUGAUCAAAUCUGUAUCGGUAUCUUUACAACUAGCUUAUCAGACCACGAUCAUACCAGAGGGCAUAAUUGAGGACAUUCUGGUGAGGGUGGACAAAUUUGUCUUCCCAGUAGACUUCAUCGUAGUAGACAUGGAAGUGAAUAAGGAGGUACCUCUAAUCCUGGGGAUACCAUUCCUUUACACUAGCCGGGCUAUUCUUGAUAUAUAUGAAGGGCAACUCAUGCUACGAGUGGAAAACAAAAAAAUGGUAUUUCAAAUGAAGAGAAUGAUGAAAUACCUAUGUGAUGAGGCAUUUGCCUAUGCUUGUCUCAAACUAGAUAUGGUGGGAGAGUUAGCUGAACAAUACAAGCUGGAUAAGCUAGUAGGUGAUUCAUUAGAGAGAUGCAUUAGUCAAUCAAGCACAACAGAUGAUGAAGAUCCUGAGAUCAAAAAGGAAGUUGAGGCACUGGAAGAUGAGAACCAGGUGGUAGAUAAAGAAGAAUUCGAGAAAGAAAAGAUCAAGCCGAAGCUGCAAUUGAAAGUACUCCUGACAUAUUUGAAAUAUGCUUUUUUGGAGACUAACGAUUUUUCCGUGAUUAUUGCUGCUAAUUUGACAGGUGAACAGGAACACAUGCUUGUGGAGUUACUACGGAAGCAUAAAAAGGCAAUCGGUUGUGUCACACCUCCUAUUUCCCCACGCAGCCCUAUUACGAGGUUGAGUUAG